AACUGCCAUUCGUACCGCUAUUAAGUGAGAAGGACUUACAGUUUGCUCUUAAAAAUAUUGUGCCACGCGUGUACAGAGACGGAAAUAUUCUGCAUCAAGGAGCACCGGCGUCGACGUGCAGUGUUUGUAACAAUAUUGUUUCAAAGACCUCGUGGUUGGAUUUUAUAUACCGAAACUGUUUCGUGCCAAGAUUCGCAGUAUGGAUAAUCCUGUUUGUAUUAUUUGCAAUGAAUGUGGUGGAGAUUUAAGGACGAUUCAUAGUAAGGCGAUAAACACUCUUAUAGAUUCUAGCAAACAAAGAAAAGACAACAAGUUUAAGUCGUUGGAAAAAGUAGCAUCAGCCCAUGUACACUUUACUUGUCAGAAAAAAUAUAAUAGAAGAAGUUCAAUACAUAAUGCUUCAACAGAACACAUGAGAAAAAGUUUGGAAGGUAAAAAAAUAGUCAAAGAUGCUCUCGAUUUCGAUUUUCAAAAAAUUUUGUCUGUUUUGCGGCGGUACUUGUUUACCCAAGGAUCAAAUUAAAUUUGUACAGAAACCUGAAACAAGGGAUAAAAUAAUUGAAGCUCUUGAAGAACGAGAAAAGUCGAGUAUAUCUGAUAAAAAUUUACUUGCACGUUUGCGAAACAAUCCAGACUUGCCUAAAAUUCAAGCUAGAUAUCAUCCAGAUUGUAUGUCUCAAUUUUAUAUGAAAAAACUUUCGAAUCAAGUUAGGCGCCCUCCAAGCCAAAAUACGACAGAGUUUAUAGAAUUUGCGCUAAAUUAUAUCGAUCAAAAUCAAAGUGACAGUCAAUUUUCUCUAAACGAGAUUAAAGAAGAAUUCAAAGGCGAAACUAUUCCAGAACUAAAAACCAUUAAGUCGAGAUUCAACAAGGCCUAUCCCGACGAAAUACAAUUUGUACAUUUAAAAUCAGAUCUAAUUAUUUUGUUUCGAAAUAAAAUUAGUAAGCAAGCUUGGCAAGAAUGGUAUAAAAAUCAACAACAAGAUGUCGAAUUGGAACGAAAGAGAAUUGUUAAAAUGGCAGCAAAAAUUAUCUUGGAGGACAUCCGAUCAACUGUUUACGAUAACUGUUUACCAGAAUCUUUAACAAAUUUUCUUGAUGUUGUUAUGAAAAAUCACAAAGCUGUAAGUAGAAAAAAUGAUUUCAAGUGGAAAAAGAGAAUAGCUACAAUUGCUCAUAGUAUAAUAAUGUCAGCCCGGCCACGUACAUUUUUAUCGCCAAUUUUACUCGGUCUGUCAUCUAUGAUGCACAAAAAAUAUGCAUCAAGAGACUUGAUUGAUUCAUUGUCAUAUUUGGGUUUGUGUGCGACCUACGACGAAACCUUGCGCUUUGAAGCGUCAAUUUUAGAUGAUCCUGAAAAUCAUGUUUGUAAAUCUGAGUGUUUUGUUCAAUACGUCUUUGACAAUGCUGAUCAUAAUACCUGUACACUUGAUGGAAAAAACACGAUGCACGUGAUGGGAGGUAUUAAGGUUGCAACUCCGUCAUCAGAUGUCAUAUCAAAAAAAAAAUUACUCGAUUGA